AUGGGCUGGGUUUCAGUGUAUUUUUGCCAGGAGGAAGCCAAAGUCAAUUCUGAGUACCAGGAUCACGUCACAAAUGACAGCAGUGGGAAUGGUACUGACAGAGAUGCAUCAUCGGAGUCUCAUAUUCCUCCAGCUCCUUUGCGAACACCAUCAUCAUCAUCAUCAUCACCAGCCUCUCAUCCAGAAAUUACCAAGGAUAAUAAUAAUAAGCCAUUAAUUAGACAACCCCGUCAACAAUUGGGACCCAGGGUCUUCAUGGACGUCAACUCGGCCGACACCUUUUCCCAUUCCGGGUUCCAGGACCCGGAUUUGUGCAACCUGUGCAGGAUGAACCUGAACGGAUGUUGUUCCGCGGAGCCGAUACAAAUCUCGGCGAGCCAAUACGCCGGCGUUCAAACGUCCAUCGGGGACUGCAAGGAAUUGCGGGCAAUGUGCAGAGCAGCUGGGUGUUGCGUGGCCAACUACAAUGACAAGUGUUGUCAAAUCACCAUGCCGGAUGGACACGUGGAGAUAUACGUUUGAAUAUUUGCAAAAUAAUAUACAGUUGAAUCCUCCCAAG